UAGCGGCUGUCAUAACGACAUGUCAAUAAAGCAGAAAUCGGACGAGAACAAUUAUAGUGCUAUAUUUUUAGUCAUAUUCAGCAUGGCGUUACAUUGUUGCAUUUGGAAUGAGUAACUUACUACACAAUGCACCAAAGCGAGGCAUAUCAACCCCUGAGGGACUUGCGUCUUUUGUCAACUUGAAUUGUCUGACCUCUCAAACAUGGAUGAAGAAAUGGAUUCCCAGAGGAGUGUGACUGGUGACAGUCAGGCUGAAAGUCAGCUCUUCUGUCCAACUCCUGAGCAAGAGGGAGAUUGUUUUUUAAGCAGAGACGCCUCCUCGCAGGCUUUAACCAACUCUUUAAGUGAAUCUGGGUUUUCCGGCAUGAGAAGUAGUCCGCCUCCAACGCAUUGCUCUAAUGGACAGAAAUCAAAGAGGCCCACUUCCCCCGGGCCUCACCCUGUGAAAACAACCUGUGUUGCUGUACACUCCCACAAUCCCACCUGCUGCCUCAGUCCAAAGAAGGGCGCGGGUUCCUCCAACGACGUGGAGAUGCAAAGUCCCGACAGCCCUGCCGCUAAAACGCCGCUCGUCAACAACUCUGCAGACGGCCACGGAGAUGGCGCCAAUGCCACCAUGGAAGAGUGUGGCUUUGCAGAUGCUCAGGGAGACAGAUCUGAUGCUGGAAGUUUGGCCAACAACAAAGCGCCGCGUGUUUUGAUGGGAACUGGCGAUGCCGUGACCGCGGACUGUAGUGAAGCAUCAGAAAUGAAUCAGGACUUCACUAUCAAGCAGUUAAUGUCUGAAGGUGUUUCACCCCCAGUACAUGAGAUGAUGAGAGGAUGGCUUGGGACGCCCAUAGAUGAGCUGAACAGAAUGCCCCAGUGUGCCCCACCUCUGUCUCACCUGAAAGCAAUGCCGAACCACACUGUCACAGUCAGGACAGAUCUCCUCAGGGAGGGAGAGGUGCCCGUCCCCUACCCGGGCAAGUUCAAAGACGCGUGGGACGACGUGUCCGUGAAGAUGCCUUGCUCGGAGAAGAAUCUCUUUCCGAUGGAGACUGAGGAUGGAGGUGGCGUCCAGAGUCGGUGGGAGUUAAUCCACUCUUCCUUGCAAGGAGGGUUCAAAAGUUCCCUGGAUGUGAGGGAUGCUAUAUUGAGGUACAACACGGCACACGCAAAGAAAUGGGACUUCACUGCACUCAACCUUCUUUGCACAGAGUGUCUGGAGCAUUGUGAGGUUCAACACCUGUACGAGGUGGUGCUGCCUUCCAUGGUCAAGCUGGCGCUUAGUGCUCCUCGCCUCUGCACGAUGCCAAUCCCGCUGCUGAAGUCACGGAUGAACCAUUCCCUAACCAUGUCUCAGGAGCAAGUUGCCUGUCUUCUGGCCAACGCCUUCUUCUGCACAUUCCCCAGACGCAACUCGCGCAAGUCAGAGUACUGCAACUAUCCUGAGAUCAACUUCUACAGGUUAUUUGAAGGCUCCUCACCAAGAAAAAUCGAGAAGUUGAAAACACUCAUGUGCUACUUCCGGAGAAUUACACACACCAGGCCAAAGGGUCUUGUGACAUUCACAAGACAGACAAUGAACAAUCUGCCAACGUGGGAGAACUGCCAGUCUCAGCUGACACGCUUGCAUAUCACUUGUGAAGGCACCAUCGAGGACGACGGUUACGGGAUGCUGCAGGUGGACUUUGCAAACAGAUUUGUAGGCGGUGGCGUCACGGGGCACGGCCUGGUCCAAGAGGAGAUCCGUUUCAUCAUCAACCCCGAACUCAUCGUCUCCCGUCUCUUCACCGAAGCGCUUGAGCACAAUGAAUGCCUCAUCGUCACAGGUGCUGAACAGUACAGCAGAUAUUCAGGCUAUGCUGAGACCUACAAAUGGGACGAGAGCUACAAAGAUGAGACUCCCAGAGAUGACUGGCAGAGACGAUGCACGGAGAUCGUGGCCAUUGAUGCUCUGAAAUACAAACAUUUCCUGGAGCAGUUUCUCCCGGAAAAGAUGACCAGAGAGCUCAACAAGGCAUACUGUGGAUUCUUCCGAAAUAAUGCCAACAGAAAACACCUCUCCGCCAUUGCCACUGGCAACUGGGGCUGUGGAGCUUUCGGUGGAGACACGCGACUCAAAGCGCUGAUUCAGCUGAUGGCGGCGGCAGAAGCCGGCAGAGAUGUGGCGUAUUUCACGUUUGGAGACGCCCAGCUCAUGCGAGACGUUCACGACAUGCACACUUUCCUGACGGAGAGACAAGUCACUGUGGGGAGGCUGUACAGUCUUUUGAACCAGUACUCCCAUUUGGUUUGCAAGAACUGCCGCACGACAAGACCUGACGUCAGCCUCUACGCUUUCAUCUACCAGAAGGUCUCUUCCCCCGCCGCCACCGAUGCCUUGGACUCCGCUAAGGAUUCUGGGAUGUCCCCUGUAACAUCGGACUCUCAUUAAAAAAAAAAAACAGGGUUGCGGGGGGGGUCCUCUUCUUCCUCCUAACCUAAUAAGAUUCCGGUUGUGUGCUUACAAUCACUCUGACACACUCCCUUUAAGGAUGCCUUCACACUUGGUACGUUUGGUCGAGUUAAAGGGAACUGUGGUGUGUUCUGCAGUUGGGUGGUGACCAAGACGGUAUGAGAGAUGGGUCUCGGUUGCAUUGCAGAAAAUAACAAUUAUGUGAGAGAAAAUGCGUUGGAAGUUUAGUCUCUCUGAUUGUCACUCCUUAAAAGUACUUUUUAGACGCCUUUUCUGAAAUGUAAGCUGGUAAAAACAGCAGAAUCCAAACAUAACUUACGUAUUCAACCCAGCUGAAGGCAUUUUGCUUUGGAAUAUUUGAGUUAGGUCAGGUAAAAUGUCACGAAAGCUGUCCAAGCAUGUCCGCACGUUGUGCCAGGGGUGUCCAAAGUGCCAUUUCCAGUCUGCUGCACAUUCUAAAAGUAUAAUUUAACGUUUGUUUUUUUUUGUUUUGUUUUGUUUUUUAACAACAAAAGUGUAGUAAUUAGUAAUAAAAUCAGCAGUAAUUUUACAAGAAUAAUGUCCAAAUAUUUAGAUAAAAAAGUUGCAAUACAAUGAGGAAAAAGUCAUAAUUUUACGAGUCUCAUUUAUGAGCAAAAAUAAUGUCAUUUUAGUAGCAUGAUGUUGAACUAUUAAAGAAAAAAUAUCUUACGUUUUAAACCAGAGAACUGAAAGUGUGAACAUUUGCGAUCCCACACGCAAACUACCAAAUCACAGACUUGCCUUUUCUCGCAGGGAGAGCCUUCUACUAGUAUUUGACAUUUAUAGCAAUAGUACAUCCCUUUUGCUGUCCAACUGUGCUCUGCAAUGUCAAGGUUUGGCUCACGAAAGGUUGAUGAAAACCCAAAAUGGCACUUUUCCACCGCAUAGUACCGACUCCACUCGAACCAAAAACCACAUUGAACGCGUCAACCCGCCAAGACACGACGACGAACUAAAACAAUACAGGAGAAUGCCACAAAAAAAGACAGAAAAACAGCUUCAAAGAGGCAGCUAAGAAUGCACGUAAUGGGAACACUUCCGCCUAUAAAGCCUUCCGAAAAAACUUCCAAAAAGCGCCAGCAACGCUCCAUUUACAUAAUGUGACCUGCAUAUCAACCAAGCUACAGCAACAUUGUUAUUAUUAUUAACGUUGUUACGCCCAAGAACUACAGUGCGCCACACCACACCGGCUAGCUACUAGCCGGCUACCGACUAGCCUCACGUCACAUUCGCGCACAAUGCCUCAGGCCACUAGCAAAAGCUAACGCUACAUAUUGGAGAUGCCGCCACUGCUGCUGUGUUUUUGAGUUUGGAAAAGGUAACGCUAGGUGUAGCGUUCCUUUCUAUGUUGCUAUAUGAAAUCAAUGCACCCGGAAGGAAGUUCCGCUAACGCUUAAAAUGACCAAAACACUGUAAGUAUGACAUGUUAUCAUGAAUGUACCUGUUACUACAUGCUCACAGCAUGGAUACAAAACCAUAAAACCUUGUUUUAAUAGCGGGCUUUCUAGGCGAAAUAGGUGUGUCCCAUUACAUGCAUUAAUUUGCUUCCUCUUUUUAGCUUUUUUUAUAUCUUCAGAACGCACGGAAAAGAGAAAGACGUGUUCAUGUCUUACAUAAGGAUUGACGGGCAACAUUUAAAAAAAAAGGUGCAGUUUUCCUUGAAGGAAAGUGGAGCAUAACACUGCACACAGCAACAGGGUACGCUAAAAUUAGCAUGUGUCUUUAUUGUCAUUUAUAAGCAUGUAUAGAAAUAAUAGUAAUACAGCACAGUGGAACCUCGGCAUAAAUUCUUCCAAAAUGUCUAACGAAAACCAAAAAGUAUAAAAACUGUAGCAAUUGUUCUCGUAGGAAAAAAUGCCAAUCAUUUCCAGACACCCCAAAAAAUUGGAUUAGUUAUAGGUUUAACUACAGAAAUAAAUGUGAAAUUUUUAUAAUGAAUUACAUGGAUAAAUGAUUAGGGGUGCACGAUAAUUAUCAGGCUGAUAUGAGGCAAUAACGACAUCAUACCGAAAAAUCCGCUACUAUUAAAAGUAGCUCCGAUAAUUUAAAAACGCUCCAAUGAGGCGAGAUUACUGUGCCAGUUAGCAAAUGAAGCGUUCCAGCAACCUGUUGUAACGUCCCCUGAGCUCACUUCUACACAAACAUUAUGAAGAGGACGACAUUUUGAGUGCUAGUUGUACCAGAUACUUUGCGAUGACUGAGAAAAAAACAUUGAGCACACAAUAAACCUUAUCAGCCAUCUGAAACGCCAGCGACACGGCAUUUGAAAAGUGCAGAAGUUUUGCCAUAGACGUCCGUGGCGUCAGACCGGCUGCUCAGCGCAUAUUCCCAAAUACAGUACACCUUGCUGGGCCACACCAGGUGACUCCUUGUGCUCGAAACUCUGGUUCUCCUGAUAGUAGUGAUGUGGUAGUAGUGAUGUCAUGAUAUUGGAUUAGGACAAAUCAACAGGUACACUUGGUCAAAUCCAAUUUUGUUUGAGUCCUUCGUACCUCCAGGUGUGCACAAACUACAGUUACAUCUAAAUUUUCAAAAGUAGAUAUAAAAAAGUUAUCGGUCUUGAGAAGCAGAAAGUUAGUGGUAUCGGUUUGGAAUAAAAGAUAUCAUGUAUUUCUAUAAAUGACCAUUUAACAUCACUUUUCCAUUCAACAAUACGUAAUGCGCUUGAACGCCUCGUCAGUGCUGGGCGCACAUUGCUUACAAGAGGAGGAAAGGAGACAAAUAACGAUUUAUUCAUUGUUCUGUGUGUGCGCUAUGAGCAAAUAACACAUAAUCAAGACAAUUAAAGGAUUCCCUGGCCAGAAUUUGUCUAUAGUGUCCCAACUUUAAAUGAACCACUUCGUCACAGAGAAACUCAUCAAUAUGUGGAUGCUUGUUCAGGCACUGCAUGACAGUGUACUCAAGCCAACCAUAUGUUUUCCAUAACCGAGGUUCCAGGUGCUAGUGGAAAAGCGCCAGUGGAAAAGGGACGUUUAAAUACUCUUCUUCCCAUGCAUGGCAGCGGACGCAAUUACACUUGAUAAUCCAGGCCUUGACGACGAUGCUCCCUUUUUAUCCGUAUUGUAUCGCUUUUUCAUCUUCUAAAAGAAGCGGCGAGUGACAGAGACGCUAGUCUAUGCAUGGGUAACAUACACUAUCUUACGGAAUUAUUGGACAUACAGUAUAUGCUGCUCUUUCACACCCUUAAACGUGGGUUUUUUUUUUCUCCCAACGCUGUCAGAAACCUAUAUGAAUAAAAAAAAAUGACACGUAAAGUAUUAUUUGUAUUGUUUUUACUCAGCUUUUUAAAAGUGAUGAAUUGCUGUAAUUGAUGGCGUGUAUAAGCACUAUUUAACGAUACUUUGGUUACGUAUUGGUAACACCAGUAAAUGUAAUGCAUACUAUACUGCAGGUUUUUAGGUUGCGCUCUUUUUAAUGAUCAUUUCUUAAUUAAAACAUAUUCCCUUCAACCUUGAUUUCUCUGGUGUUCUC